AUGUGCUGGCAAAUCAACGUGCAUCCAGAAGACCAAAAUUUGCAACGCAUCUUCUGGGAAGACUCUAAUCAGCAAAUUAAAUUCUACCGGCUUACCACCGUCACCUAUGGAUUAAGCUGUGCUCCUUUUUUAGCUGUCCAGACAAUCGAACAGCUAAUUGCCAAUGAGGGCCAUCGGUUUCCAUUAGCAGUGCCAUCUUUAAGCAAAGGACGCUACGUAGAUGAUAUUUUUGACGGCGCUGAUUCCAUCCAUGAAGCGAAACUUAUUAUGCAUGAACUUGCCCAACUUUGCCACGCUGGAGGCUUUCCGUUGCAGAAAUGGAAUAGCAAUGUAUCAGAACUCUUUCCACCAUCUACCACCACCCCCAAGGAAGAAGGUGUUCCAGUCGAAAUCGAGGCUUCUCAAAUCAAAGUGUUGGAGUUAUGUUGGCAUCUGAGCAAAAAUGUUUUUAAGGGGGGAACCUCAUGUAAACAGCACUUUCUUAAAGAUUUUAUUACAAAAAAGUGA